CACAAUCUCAAUGCCAAGGAUUUUACUGCGAAAACCCGUGUCAAUGCACUGAACAGUGGUUUUUCCGUCUUCGCAUUUCAGGUACUUUAGCUGAUUUCCCACACCUGAAAAUCACACCACAUUGUAGCUCAAGCAUCCCCAAAGGAUUCUCCAUACUUGCCGAUGAGAAUCUCUCUCGAAUUGAUCACUUUUAUCGCCACUGAAUCCGCAAUCAACAUUUCCACGCUUGUUUGUUUACAAAAUAACCUGAAGAUUCCGUUGACGGAUCGGCAUUUUGGCGGUGGUGAAUUUGUCCCAAAUCGUCCCAAACUGUCACUUUGCCGGGCGAACCGCGAGGCGUUUGUGGAGUGUUUGUGCUUGAAUUUUCCCCGCUUUCUGGCCAGAGACCGCAAAUCCGGCCUGAAAAUGGACUUCAAUAUGCUUGUGCAGCAAGCCCAGAGGCUGACGAAUGAGGUGCAGAGCGCGGAGGACAUCCCACAGAUGGACAGGACGCUGCCGCAAGUCCUCAUGGCAGCCCAGGAGCUCCACUCGCGGGUCACGCAGUCCGAAGUGGGCUCUCAGGACGCCCAGGCGCACAUCAUGCUGGGCUCGAAGGGCAUUGAUUUGCCGAAGAUCACACAGAAACUUGAGACGCUGAGUUCCCGGAAGACAUUCGAGCCAUUGGAUCCCAUCGCUGACACUGACAUCCAGAGCUUCCUGCGGAAUGAGAAGGAGAACGCGAUUCUCUCUGUCAUCGAGGAGGUUCACAAGGAGACUUACAAGAGCGCCCAGCAGCAGAAGUGGGAUCACAUCGUGUCGGACUGGCGGGAGGAGAAGGUGAAGCUGAUGAACGCUCUGGUGGGCUCGUCACAGGGCUGGAUAGAGAUCCAGAAGGGUCCUGAGCAGACGAUUCUCAACGAGACUUCCGUCACGGGACGCUCGUGUCUGGGCAGUCAGGAGAUGGCGUACGCCAGGGAGGUUCUGGACUACAAUCGCGUGGUGAUCGAGGGCGUGCUGCGACCGAAUCUCGUGCAGAAGUUCGCCCAAGUGUCGGAGGAGUUCAACGACGCCAAGAUCACGGAAAUGUGGGAGAUUGUGAAGUACAUGGUGAACGUGAUGCCGUCGGCCAGGAGUCAGGAUCCGCUGCGACAGCGCCAGCACAGCGGGCAGCUGAUCCAGCAGGCGAAGAAGUAUCUGGAGAAUCGCUACAAAGUCUACAUGACGACAGUCGUGUCGGAUCAUCUGCGCGAGGCGCAAUUGGGCGGAAUUCCCAACACCUUCAGCCUCGUGAGCGCCUUCGUGCGCCUCAGGUUCGGCGACAUGGACAAUCUCAACGCCAUCGGGCUCCAGGACGGGAAGAUCGAGGGCAAACCGAUCUGGCCGAUGGUUUUCUACUGUCUGCGCUGCGGCGACAUUCAGGCGGCGCUCAAGUGUCUGGAAUUCAUCAGUCCGGGCCACGAGGAUGUGAUUCAGGUGCUGGAGGAGAAGCUGCGCAAGCCCGACCAGAGGAUCAACUCGAAGCUGGAGCAGCAGAUCAAGAUGCAGUACAAGAGACAGAUCAGAAACGCCACGGAUCCCUUCAAGCGCGUGGUUUACUGCAUUGUGGCCUCGUGUGACAUUCACGAGCAGCAUCCGGACAUCGCCAAGACGUCAGAUGACUUCCUCUGGGUUCAGCUGUCGCUCAUCCAGGCAGAGGCGGAGGCCAAUCAGGAGAUUCUCACCUACGCUGGCCUGCAAACGAUGAUUCUCGAGCAGUACGGCGAGAAGCACUUCAACGCCCACGAACAGCCGCAUCUGUACUUCCAAGUGCUGGCGCUGACCGGGCAGUUUGAGGUGGCCAUUGAGUUCCUGUCCAGAUUCGAGCGCUUCCGCGCGCACGCCGUCCACAUCGCCCUGGCGCUGAAUGAGCUGGGAAUGCUGGGAGGCUCGCGAGAUGUCCGUCAGCCGCUGCUCUCCGUGGAUUCGGACGAUCCGGCGCCGCUGCGCCGCCUGAAUCUGGCACGCCUGGUCAUGCUGUACGUGAAGAAGUUCGAGAUCACCGAUCCCGCCGAGGCCAUUCAGUACUUCUUCUUCCUGCGCAAUCUGCUGGACGCCGAGGGCAGGAAUCUCUUCCUGCUCAGCAUCACCGACUUGGCGAUGGAGUGUGGCGAGUAUGACUUGAUCUUCGGCAAGAUCCAGGUGAAUGGGAUGCGCUCGCGCGGUCUGAUAGAUCAGUUCGAGUCGAUGCAGGUGGAUCCGAGGGCGGCGUGUCAGAUGGUGGCGGAUGAGCUGGUGAAGAAGGGUGUCUUCGAGAGUGCCAUCAAGAUGUACGACUUGGCGGAGAAUCACGAGCAAGUGCUCAAUUACACUUCGGUGUUGCUCAGUCAGGUGGUGAAUCAGCCCAACAAGCGAGGCUCCCUGCGCGAGAGGAUUCAAGUGGUGGCCAGAGAGAUCAAGGAGCGCUAUGACAUCGAUGAGAUCAAGUGUGAUCCCAAGAUCUUGUCCACAUUCGUCAUUCUCUACGAUCUGCUCAAGUUCUUCGAUGAGUAUCACGAGAAGAAGCAUCAGUUGGCACUCGAGACGCUGGCCAGGAUCAAUCUCGUGCCCUUCACCAUGGCGGAUCUGGACAAUUGCCUGAAGAACUUCAAAGAAUUGCGCGUGGAAGUGUGCAAAGUCUUCCCCAACAUUCUCCUGGCCACGAUGGACAUUCUCUACUCGCAGUAUCGCGCGAUAAAGAGUAAAACCACCCAGACUUCCUUCCCAGCCACCGGAGAGAAUCCCCUGAGCCGACUGCGCGAGCAGGCGAAGGCGCUGACCAGCAUGGGCGCCACGAUUCCCUACCGAAUGCCCGGCGACACCAACAAUCAGCUCGUCCAGACGGAGAUUCUCAUGCACUGAACGCGAGCUGACGCUCUUUAUUCCUCAUCUUUCUCUCAUUUUUACUUUAUUAUUUGGUUUCCUUUGGAAGUUGCCGGAUGGAUUAAAUAAGUGAAUUUGACAA